UCUGACCUGGCAACAAAAUAGCGUAGCUACAGAAAUCUGGAAGGGAGGGGGCAGAAGAACAAAACAAUGACACUGCUCGGACGGAUUUAAAAACAGAACACUCUAUUUAAGGUUUAUUGAACAUUUUUGCCCGCUUUUCGCCACCUUUUAUUGUACACGAAGCUGGGAAUAUUCGAGCACUGGACACCGACUCGCUGUUGUUUUUGUUGAUGUAACACAGCUCACUUGACAUUACUGGGGGCUAGCUGCAGCUAACUGCUACACUCGCAUAUUUAUAGCUUGGUAAUAACACUUUUUGGAGAAAAGUGUCUGCAGUUAAUCGAAACCCACUAGGAAUAGGCUAAACAUUUUUUAUCUGAACUUCGUACGAUUUUCCGAAUUGUUGUGUGAGCUGUCCAGGGUCAGUUUGCUAGCUAGCCCGUUGUUAGCAUAUUUGCACAGACUAUGUUUUUUCAGGGUGUGUUACUUGCAGUCGCUGUUUCUUUGUGUCUUAACAAUUUGAAUUAACAUUAACUACUUAUUUUAAGUUAUUGUAUUGUUGAAGCUAAAUUGCUAAUGUUACUGUUGAUAUAGUGUGAGAAUAGGUGUAGCUAAGUAAAACCCAAAUUGAAUAAUUUCUCAUCUGUCUGCCUGUUUACAGAUAUAUGUUUUAUAUAUUUAGUUGUUAAUCAUGCAGCAAUUUUAAGUUAUUGUAGUCGCUUUGCAAACAUUGUAAUUACAUAUGCUUGUGUGUGCAUUCUAAUCCUGUUGCUGCCUCUUUGAGGCAUUGCCUGAUUUUGAGUUUUUCAUUUUUGCCUUGUGAGAAACGAUGAGUAGCCAUGGCUCAUCGUCUGAAAAAGGUGUCAACACUAGUCUGAUAUGUCAGGAGAGUUAUGCUUGUGGUGGCUCUGAAGAGGCUGCUUUUGAAUGUGAUGAAUGCAGGAGCCUGCAGUGUGUGCGUUGUGAACUUGAGCUCCAUAACCAGGAGCGCCUGAAGAACCAUGAACGUGUUCAGAUUGGUCCUGGACACGUCCCAUACUGUGACAACUGUAAAGGUAAAGAGGGCAAUGGGGGCAAUGGGGACAACGGCAAAAGGCAGAGAUCAGUGGUCCGCUGCCAAAACUGCAAAGUCAACCUUUGCCAAGACUGUCAGAAACGUACGCACAGUGGAGGCAAUAAGAAAAAACACCAGCUCACGACAUACCCUCCUCCUCCAAAAAGCCCAGAGCUCAAUAGUGUCCAGGCAUCUCCACAACCGCCUGCUGUACCAACAAACAAACAAACUGAUGAGACAAAGUUUCAGCGGGUAAAACUUUUGGAAAAGGUGUGCAGUUUUCUCCUUGUUGAUGAAAAUGAAGAAAUGCAGAUAAAAGAUGAAAGUUCCUUUAUAAAAAGCCUGAACUGCAACCCAGACCAGCUGAUGAAGGUGGUAUCGAUCUUUGGGAACACCGGUGAGGGCAAAUCCCACACACUCAACCACACGUUCUUCAUGGGCAGGGAGGUGUUCAAAACCUCCCCUGCUCAGGAGUCCUGCACUGUGGGUGUGUGGGCAGCAUUAGACCCAGUUCAUAAAGUAGUGGUGAUUGACACAGAGGGCCUCUUGGGGAACAGCUCCAAACAGGGCCAGAGAACCCGUCUGCUGCUGAAGGUGCUGGCCAUCUCAGACUUGAUCAUUUAUCGGACCCACGCAGACCGUCUCCACGAUGACCUGUUUAAAUUCUUGGGAGACGCCUCUGAGGCUUACCUGAAGCAUUUCGCCAAAGAGCUGAAGGCAACAUCGGCUCGCUGCGGUUUGGAUGUGCCACUGUCAACCCUGGGACCUGCUGUUGUCAUCUUUCACGAGACUGUCCACACUAAAACACUCGGUUCAGACAAGUCAUCUGAGUCCGUGGAUAGACUGCUGUUGGAGCGCUUCAAGAAAGUAUCUCGAUUUCCAGAGGCCUUCAGCUCUGUUCAGUACUGGGGCACGCAGACCCUGAAUCCUCCCACCGACUUUGGUGGCCUGCUAAAUAAACUGGAGCAGCUCCUUGAUAACAAUGCCACUCGUUCACCACGCACCCCAGUUGUCAUCUACAAAGCUCUGCAUGCCCUGAGUGAACGCUUUAAUGGGGAAAUUGCAGAUGAAGUGGUGGCCCACAGCUGUUUUUUCCCUGAUGAGUAUUUCACCUGUUCCAGCUCAUGUCUGAGCUGUGGAUGCGGGUGUAAGAACAGUAUGAACCACCUAGCUGAAGGAUUGAGCCACGAAGCAAAGCACCGCUGUCGCUAUUCUCUUCAGUAUGAUAAUCGCAUUUAUACUUGCAAGGCGUGUUAUGAAGGUGGAAGGGAGGUUGUUGUUGUCCCCAAGACCUCUGCUUCCUCAGACUCUCCAUGGAUGGGACUUGCCAAAUAUGCUUGGUCUGGGUAUGUAAUCGAAUGUCCAAAUUGUGGAGUGGUCUAUCGCAGUCGUCAGUAUUGGUAUGGGAACCAGGACCCUGUGGACACAGUUGUUCGUACAGAGAUUGAGCAUGUAUGGCCAGGAUCAGAGGGUUUUUUAAAGGACAAUAGCUAUGCCGCUCAGCGUUUGCUAGAUGGAGUUAACCUUGUGGCUCAGUCUGUGUCAGAGCUCAGUGUCAAGCCUACCAAGGCUGUCACCUCUUGGCUGACUGAUCAGAUUGCCCCGGCCUACUGGAAACCCAACUCCCUAAUCAUGGUGUGCCAUAAAUGUCAUGAAGUCUUCCAGGACAACGACACCAAGCAUCACUGCCGGGCCUGUGGGGAGGGCUUCUGUGAUGGCUGCUCCUCCAAAGCUGCGCCUGUCCCAGAGAGAGGCUGGGGCCUGGCCCCUGUCAGAGUGUGUGAUGUCUGCUAUGAACAAAGAGCUUCAUAUGCAGAAGUGCCUAAGGUUGAGCUGGAGGAGGAUGAAGGUGGACACCUUGCCAGGAAAGUUGGUGAAGCAGUGACAAACACUUUAGGGGUUGUGGUCACUGCCAUUGACAUCCCACUUGGUCUGGUAAAGGACGCAGCUCGACCUGCCUAUUGGGUGCCUGACCAGGACAUCUUGUCUUGUCACAAUUGCCAGCGAGACUUCACUGCCAAGCUGUCCAAGCACCACUGCCGUGCAUGUGGCCAAGGAGUGUGUGAUGACUGCUCCCCUGAGCGGCGCCCAGUGCCAUCUCGUGGCUGGGAUCAUCCUGUGCGCGUGUGCAUCAGCUGCAACCAGAAACCUGGUGAACUUUAACAAGACAGCCUUCCUUCUUCAGGUCACCAGAGAGAACCACUCACUGUCUCUGCUAUACCUCUAAAACUACGGUUCUGUCUUGUGUCUGUGGCAAGGAAGCAUUAAUCAUAGUGUAAUCAAAUGUAGGACAUUUAGCAGAUUUGGGAUUUAAGACUUUCUGUGGCCUUUUAGAACAGACAUAAUAUGUGCGUUACUUGACUGAGUGUGAAUGGUACAUUUCCACUCUGCAUUUACUGAGAUAAUCUAUAUCCUCUCAAAACAGAUGCCACUUUUGGUGUUUUAAAAAGUCUGUUCUGCUAUUUUCUUCUAUCAGAAAAUGUAAAAAAAAAUACAUAUAUAUAUCAUUUAAACUUCAUUAGUUUUCUUGAAAACCCUGAUGGGUUGGUUUGAAUAGGUUUAGUAAUUAAUGAUAUUGAGUAAUGUUUUCAAAUGUCGUAUUGUAAUGGCAAGGAGAACUUUUAUAUCCAUGCAGAUGUCCCUGCAGGUUUCUUGCAUGCCGUUUUGCAACAUUAUAGUUUUUGCGCUAUGCCUUUUCAGCUGUUAUAGGCUGUUGCUUACCAUGGCCCAAAACCAGAUAUCCUGCUGUUUUAUGUCAUAUGUUGAACUGCACUCACACUACAUCAGAGGCUCAGUGGAUAUCUGGUAUGCCAAAAUCAUUCAGGUCACUGUGCGAUAAUGUUAAUAUUUGAUCAUGUAAUUUGUGGUUGUAUGAAAAUAUAGAACUGCUUAUAGAUGAGUGUACAUUUGAGAUGUUAUUUAUGUAUCAAAGAAAAAAAACAUUUAGGGUUAAUAUCUUAUUAUUUUUAGCAUCUCUGGCAUGCAUGAGCAUUUGACAGAGACUCAGAGGCCUUGUGUUUAUUCAGAGGAACCUCUCUGUAUAUGUCUGUAUCAAGCUGCAUCUUAAUCCAUAUGUUUCAUGUUGUAUAUGUAUUUUCUUUUUUAAUUGUUGUCUUAAUAUUACACAAACCCAGAAUUGUCCUCAAACUGCUUGCAUUUCACCUAAUUACGGGUUUCUAGGAAGAAGACUGGAUAAGGAUUAUUCACAAAGCUAAAUUAGAUAACCUGUUAUAAACAUACAGUAUUGCAUUAUUUUACUUUAGUAGGGUUACACUUUGUAGUGUAGUUGUCUUUCAUCUUUUAUCACCUUGUUGUCAAUCAGAAACAUACAAAGACAGAUGUUUGAAUGUGGCCACAAUAACAUUAACAUAUUAAGAGACUGAAAGCUUUAAUAUUUUUUGGUUCACAAUUAUACAUUUGUUUUGUUGAAUUUUUGAUAUAGUAACAAUAACAGUCUCUCAACAGCUGAGUGUGAGAGGUCCAUUGCUAUUUUGUCACUGUAGUAAUUUUUGAUCACUUUAAGCUUUAUAGGUAAAGGUCCUCUUGGCCCUGAAAACGUCUGGUGUCUGCCUAAAAAAUAACUGAAAAAUCUGUUCCCAAUGUUAAUAUUGCACAGUACAAAAAAAAAUGUCAGAUUUUUGGAGCCGCUGUUCAUUCCCAUGCAAAAUCUGACAUUUGUUUCGUCUGAAAGUUGGAAGCAUUGCAUAAGAUUAAAGAUGUAUCAGACCCAUCUGUUGGAGCAUAAGCCGACGUCGCCUCCAUGUCUUUGCUGUGUAUUUCUGUGUAGAUCUUUGUGUGAAACCACUCAUUGUAUGAGGAAGAAAACACUUGUGUGCAUGCCAUUCCUAUACAGCACAGCAGCUCCAGAUCAAGUGAGGGAAAAUAUUUGCUUGGUGCUUAUUGAUUAUGAUAAAUGAUUCAUAAUUAUUUUAAUAAAUAAUUAAGCACAAGCUUC